ACAUUCGGAAAACAUACUACUGCCAAUUUGACAUUCUUUAGCACAUGAUGAAUCCCAGAGGAGACAAGCUAUAUGAGUGCUCGCAGUGUGAGAGAAGCUUCAUUUCAAAGUCACUUCUUACAGUUCAGCAGAAGAUUCAUAAUGAAGAGAAACCAUCUGACAAGGGCUUAAAACACGAGACACAUGUCACUCAACAUCAGAGGAACCACGCAGGAGAGAAGACAUUUAAAUGCUCAGAAUGUGACAAGUGUUUCUCACGUAAGUAUCAUCUUACUCGACAUCAGAGGAACCACACAGGAGAGAAGACAUUUGAGUGCUCUGAAUGUAAGAAGUGCUUCUCAAAAAAAAUAAUUCUUAUCAGACACCAGAUGAUUCACACUGGAGAGAAGCCAUUUAAAUGCUCAGAAUGUGACAAGUGUUUCUCACGUAAGUGUCAUCUUACUCAACAUCAGAGGAUUCACACUGGAGAGAAUUUAUUAAGAUGCUCCGAAUGUGACAAGUGCUUCACAGCCAAGUCACAGCUUAUUAAACACCAGAGGAUUCACACCGGAGAGAAACCAUAUAGAUGUUCAGAAUGUGACAAGAGCUUUUCAUAUAAGGCAAGCUUUAUUCAACACCAGAUGAUUCACACCGGAGAGAAACCAUAUAGAUGUUCAGAAUGUGACAAGGGCUUCACACAAAAAUCACAUCUCAUUGAACAUCAGAGGAUUCACACUGGAGAGAAGCCAUAUAAAUGCUCUGAGUGUGACAAGAGUUUUUCAUAUAAGGCAAGCUUUAUUCAACAUCAGAUGACUCACACUGGAGAGAAGCCAUUUAAGUGUUCUGAAUGUGAAAAGGGUUUUACAUCAAAGGCAAACUUUAUUCAACACCAGAUGAGUCACACUGGAGAGAAGCCAUUUAAGUGUUCUGAAUGUGAAAUGGGUUUUACAUCGAAGGCAAGCUUUUUUCAACACCAGAUGACUCACACUGGAGAGAGACCAUUUAAAUGCUCAGAAUGUUUCAAGAGCUACACAACUAAGGGACAUCUUGUUGAACAUCAGAGGUUCCACACAGGAGAGUAUCUAAUUAGAUGUUUAGAAUGUGACAAGUGCUUUACACAAAAGAGCCUAUUUGAGGCACACCAGAGGAUCCACACAGGAGAGAAACCAUACAGGUGUUCAGAAUGUGGCAGAUGUUUCAGGUUGAAUAAGCAGCUUACUGGUCACUUGAGGACUCACACUGGAGAGAAACCAUUUAAAUGCCCAGUUUGUGACAAGGGCUUUGCUUAUAGGGGAAAUCUUACUGGUCACCAAAAGAUCCACCAAGGGGACAAGCUAUAUGAAUGCUCGGAGUGUGAGAGAAGCUUCAUUUCAAAGUCACUUCUUACAGUUCACCAGAAGAUUCAUAAUGAACAGAAACCAUUUGACAAGACACAUUUUACUCAACACCAGAGAAGCCACACAGGAGAGAAGAUAUUUGAGUGCUCAGAAUGUGACAAGGGCUUUUCACAGAAGAGGACUCACACUGGAGAGAAACCAUAUAGGUGCUUAGAAUGUGACAAGAGCUUCACAAAAAGGUCAUAUCUUAUCAGCCACCAGAAGAUUCACACUGGAGAAAAGUCUGUUUUGAUGCUCUGA